CCAGAAUGCGACUGAUUUGCGUCGCCGAAGGCCUAGGGAUGAGACACCUGGAAGCCAUGAUAGAGAUUCAGCGGCCACAGAAGCGAACGAUGGCAUGCAAGAUUCUCAGUUUGUCUCUCUGUCAUCGCUGAAGGUAUUCUCAAAUAAAAACUGACCGAUGCACACAGCGGGAGACGGGAACUGUUGACUAUGUUACAUCAAGUUGAGCGUCAGUUGCAGCUGCUAAUCGCUUCCGUAUAUUCUGGCCCUGAUGGACGUGAACCUGUCAAUAUCCAAGCAGAUCCGGCUAUAUCAACUGGAGAAGCGUCUAUUGUAAAGCCUAUAAUGGCAACCUCUCUAGGGAAGGCUGCACCGGCUAACUUGAACUCCUUUUCUGGCGAGACAUCCAUUCGACAUGUCCUGGACCAGGUUGAGGGGCGCUUGGAGACGACACGAAGACGUGGCACUGCUACUGUCAUGGAUUCUUCAAUUUCUACUCCUGCCUUGACUCCUCCGCCUCACCAUGGCGGUGCGAAGGCAAUACCAGACGAUAUAUAUAGUGUUCUGCAAAUUUAUGGCAUUGAGCCAAAGCAGUCCGAGUGGGAUAAACCGUUGGACGUGUUUUGCACCGAGAUCCAUAUUUUGUAUCCAUUUCUCCAUCUACCAACUCUGCAAGCCAAAUACGACAUGCUGUGGCACGGCAGGCUUACUCAAUCUCAUGAGCCAAAUACCCCCAACCAAUUGAAAAACACGGGCGUGGCCCAACUUCUUCUAUGCAUAGCUAUCGGUAGAUGUACCGAGUCACCGAGGGUACAGAGCCGGGAAGGGCGACACUCGGCUGGUUGGAGUCUGUAUGGAGCAGCCUCUGAAUUGCUGGGAGACCUUUUUGGCUGCUUUGGAAGCUGUUCAGAUCCACUAGAGCUUCUACAAACAUUAGCUUUGAUGACAAUCUAUCUUUUUCGCCUUGAUAUCUUUGGGAAGGCCGAAAAGCUCCUAGCUCUCGCUAUUUCUCAUGGACAUCAUCUUGGAUUACACCGAUCCAGGGUUGUGAUACACAUGUCGUAUUUUAAUAGUGAGAUAUCUCGGCGGAUAUGGUGGUGUCUAUACGCCUUGGAUCGUCGACUAGCCAUUGAGACGGGCCAUCCUUUUCUGAUCCAAGAUGUGAACGUUGACACACCUCUACCCCAAGAUAUUGAUGAUUACUGGCUCUCCAGAUUCCGAGAUCGUCCCAGCCUUCAGCCAGAUGCAGUCCCUCCAGCAGAUUCGGGCAUUCCACUCACCCCGAUACCUUAUUUCAGAGCCAUGAUAACAUAUUCCAAAGUCCUCGGCAAAGUUUGGGAGGGAAUGUAUGGUGCUACCAACUUGGAGCCAGUCCCAAAUUACCCUCUCCGGGAGCACCUUGAAAGCCUGCUUCUUCGGGCCCAGAAGGAUAUAAGUCAGGAAUUUGCUCAUCCUCAGUACGGACGCGUAUCACAUAGCCAAGCGCCGUGGUGGCUGGUCAAGCAGCAAGCAUUAAUGCGGACUCGAUGGUUGUCACUUCGCCUUUUGAUUCGCAGGCCCAUGCUUCAAGCAUCAGUUUCUCCCAACACGUCUACUCUCGACACCUUCGAAAACGAAGUGACGUGCAUGCAGAUUGCAAAUACACUGAUUGAAGAAUUCGCUCAGAUCCCCGAUGAAAAGGCUGUUUUCACUUUCCCGUUCAUACACUACUUGAUUGGCGCCACGAUAGUCUCUCUGGGGCUGAUCCUAAGGGAAUCUUCAUUCAAAGCUGCGUAUGGCGGGGCCACGCUGCACGCGGUCCAACUAUUAGAGUCUUACUGCAGCAAGACAUGGGUGUCUGGAAAGUUGAUACGAGUUGUGUCCAGGUUGAGACAGAUAGCGUGUCAGCUAUUGGAGAGUAGUGAUUUGAUGGGUGUGGAGCGUUCACUACACAAGCAUUCCUCACAGAUCUAUUCCGAGAACCGCACUGCUCAUCCUCGGCAUACACUCACUGGUGAAUUUCCAUCUACAUCAGAUCGAAUUCCCUUGUCACGACCAAGUGGCUUGUCGGUGGGAGAUUACGAGUCCAGCGGGAGAGCUCAUACGAAUCACCAUCUCGCAGACACAGCAGACGCUAGCCUGACCAAUCUAGUGAUGUCCGACUUUGAUUUCGAGGAGGAUGUCAGAGGCGUCAACAUGGGUAUACUGCCUGUCCAGGGUUCACCGAGCAUGCCGGCCUGGCCAAACCACCCACAAGACACAGCAGCUACCAACUAUGCACGCACCAGGCCAUUGGCUGCACAAGAAGGGCUGGAUGUCAGCGAAUCAGGGCCAUCUUUCGAUGCUGUUGAUCUUGGAGGUGGUGCCGGAGAGAUGGGGUGGUUGGAGGCUCUAUUUGGCAACUAUCUCAAUCCGGAUCUCAUAAUCCGGCAAGACACAUAACAGCUACCAGGCAAUACAUGCAUUCCUAGCCAUCAGGUCACAUUGUACACUGCUAAAGCCCUUCAAUCAACUCC